AUGCUUGAAAGUAUGGAUCCGAUCGUAUCGACUCAGUUACGAUCGUAUUUUGAUGCAGCUAUGGAGAAGCUCGUUUGCGAACAACAUACUAGACUGGGGACGAUUGCUCCAAAUGAUCGAUUAGGAAUUUCCUCGGAUCGCCGAUCAUGUAUUCCUGAUAUUGAGAUGGAAUUCGUGGGAUCACGUGGUAGUCUAUCACACGAGUAUGAUCCGGACGAUCUUGGACUGUAUGAUCUUCGAUGA